AUGUUUUUAAUUCAUCCAACCCCGUUAUUGAAUACUCACCAGUUUUUGGUUAUUCGCUCUGACUCUGAGAUCCAGAGUCCAAUCUCAUACCUGUUCACCUGCUAUGUCACCACGAGGCAGAGGCGGGCCCGCGGGCUCCGGGUCCCUGCAGACCGCGCUGCGGCGCUGACGUCUCCUCAGGGCCGGGGCGUUGCCGCUGCGCAUGCGCGCGGGGCCCUGAGCGGCGCGCGGCCUGGGCUCAGCGGCUGCCCCUCGCGCUUGCGUCUCCGGCGUCUCCUUCCGGCCGCCACCACCGAGGCCGGUCGGGUGUGCACCGCCAUGUCGCAGGACUGCGGACCCAAGUACCAGAGCGGAGACCUCGUGUUCGCCAAGCUCAAGGGCUAUGCCCACUGGCCGGCCAGGAUCGAGCACAUGGCCCGGCCCAACCGCUAUCAAGUGUUCUUCUUUGGGACCCACGAGACGGCCCUCCUGGGUCCCAAACAGCUCUUCCCGUACGAGGAGACCAAGGAGAGGUUCGGCAAGCCCAACAAACGGAGGGGCUUCAGUGAGGGGCUGUGGGAAAUCGAGAACAACCCCGGCGUUCAGGCCUGUGACUAUGAAGUUGCCCAAGAGAAAAGCAGCGCCGAGGGGCCCAGGCCGAAGCCACAGGCCGAGGCCUCGGCGGCCACCGAGGCCCAGCAGAGCGGCCCCCAUUGCGGAGACGAGCCCGGGGAGCUGGGUGUCGACGAGCCGGCACCGGAGCAGGAUGAGAAGGGAGCCCUGAAGAGGAGCGUGGAGGAGCUGCUGGAGGACCUGCUGGAGGACGUCCCCAAACGCCGCAAGGAGGCCGACCCGGAAGGCGAGGAGGAGGCGGCGGCUGCCUGCGAGGCGGAGAGGCUGCUCCUGGUGGAGGCGUCCGAGUCGGGGCCUGCCUGCGAGGUGCCUCGGGAGGAGCUGGAGCCCCAGGAAGAGGCUGCUGAGGAGAAGGAGGCUGAGGUCCCGGGGGUCGGAGACAGCGAGAGCCCGUAG